AUGGCUCUAUUAAAAACUCUUGCUGCCCUUUUGGUAAUUCAAGUUACUAGUGCCCAAUACGAAGGAGCAAUAAUUAACACAGAACAGCUUCCGUUCUACGUACUGGUUGAAACAAUCACGGCCAGCGGUUCAAAAUUUUGGUGCUCUGGAGCACUUGUCAACAAUAAAUAUGUCAUAACAAACGCCCACUGUUUAUAUCAUUUCGAUUCAAAUAAACCCAAUGUUAUUGUUGGUGGUAAUUCACACGUUGACAAAAAGGCAAAGAUAAUCCGCACAAAUGAAACUUUUAUUCACACGGACUAUAAAUUUGAUACCGAUGAACAUGACAUAGCCGUCAUGCAGUUGAACUCGAAAGUGGAAUUCAGUCCAUUCGUGAGAGCCGUGAAUCUACUCAAAUUCAAUGAAGUUGACGAAAAUACAGAAAUCAUGCUAGUUGGCUACAGGCGUGAAUCAUCAUCGGGUGGCCCCAGAGUUAGAUUUAGCAUAGUCCUGGAAACAAGUAAACCAGUAUGUUCAGCACGGCGACAUUUUGUUUCAAAGGAAUGGUGA